GCCAAAUUCGUCUGCUGGUAUGCGGAAGCAAUCAACCGUUAGCUCCGGCUAGGAGAUCGAUCCGGGACGAAGACUUUGGACGCCAUUGUUCUCCCUUCGAGGUUCUCUAGUGUUCUUCCUCCUGCUAUCUUCACCGCCGGCGAAUUUUUUUAUUUUCCAAGAUCGAUUAUUAUGAGGAACAUCACGCCGAGCCUACUACUCGUUUUUUGCAUCAUUCUCGGUUUAGUUUCAGGAAUGUUUUCAUCAAAGUCUGUUAUUCUCAGUUCUAUUGAAAUUUUCAAAACUCAUGAAUGGCUUUCUCCUCAACCAGUCAUCUACUUCCAUUGUCAAGGAGAGAACAAGAUCAUUUUGCCAGACGUGAAAGAGAAAAACUUUGUUUACAAGUUCAAGGGCAUCGAAUCAUGGCAGCCAAUAGCAGGGUUUCCAGAUAAAAAAUGCAAAAGAUGUGGGCUUUAUGAAUUGGAUAGACUGAAAUCUGAUGAUGUGUUUGAUGAGUGGGAGCUCUGUCCUGAUGAAUUUCUUGAAGGAAACUACGUUCAUUACAAGCAGAAAGAAUUUAAUGCCACAUUCGCAUGUACUGAAUGCAUGACCAGAGUCGAUAAGAAAUCACACCUGGCUGUUGCUGUGCUCCUUGGUGCCUUGACUUCAUUAAUGGCUGCUUCUGCAGCCUUUGGGAUAUAUAAAUACUGGCAGAAGAGGAAGAGGGAACAGAACCAGGCAAGAUUUCUUAAACUUUUUGAUGAGGGUGAUGACAUUGAUAAUGAAUUGGAUCUAUAGUUCAUUGACAAAAAUAAAUGCUCAAGAAAAAAGCUGCCACUUUUUGAACCAACGGAAGGGUAAAAUUUUAAUCUAUGCGUUUUGUAAAAGCAGCAUUGAUUCAAUAGAUUUUUUUUUUUA